AUGAGAAAAGGAAUUUUGGCGAUGCGAGGCAAAAUUAGGGAAUCGACAAAAGUUAAAAGAUACUGGCCUGGAAAAGCCCCAGAGUGGGCAAACGAUCGUGAUACCUGCUCCUCCGACGAAGAAGGGGUUACCAUCUUGUACAAAUCCUUCCCAACUCGUGAUGAUGAUCCUAGACUACGACGUUUGGCCGAGAGGAGGAGUGUAAAGAGGCGCACCCGCCGUGCCGAGAUUGUUGACACAACUGAAGAGGAGGAGGAGGAGGAAGAAGAAGAGGACGCAGAGACUUUGGAGGAAAGAAGAAGAAGGAUUAAGGAGAGGUUGCUUCGUCAGAGGGAGCAGGAACAACAACAAGAGGAGUUUAAGACUGAUGACUACUCCACGGAAGACGAAUCCGAUGAGGACUACUCAGAAGAAGAAGAAGAAGAGGAUGAGAUUGCUGGUGAAGUAGUUACGGUGAAGCCUGUAUUUUUGUCCAAGUCCACAAGAGACACGAUAUUUGAACGUAAGAGACUUGAGGAGGCCGAAGAGCAGGCCCUGGAAGCGAGGAGAAGGGAGCUGGAGGAGAGGAAGAAAGAGACAAGGAGAAUGGUGCUUGAAGAGAUUCGGAAAGACGAAGAGAUUCAUAAGGGUUUGAUGAAUCAGGAUUCGGAAAAUGAUGAUGUUGACACUGACAAUGAUCCUGAGGAGGAUACUAAAGCAGCUUGGAAGGCAAGAGAGAGGGCCAGGCUCAAGAAGGAGAGGGCAGCAAGGGAAGUAGUCAUUUUGAAGGAGAUAGAGAAGAUGAAUGAUCAAGAGAGGAGGGAGUACUGGGAGAGGAAGAAUCCUCCCUCACCUCCUGCGCCACAGCCCCGAAAGAGGAAGCUUAAGUUCAUGCAGAGAGAUCACCACAGGGGAGCUUUCUUCCGUUCGGACUCUGAUGAUGAAGAUGGCGUUUUAGGAAGAGAUUAUUCUGCCCCAGCCGGAGAGGAUAAGAUGGAUAAAACAAGACUGCCCAAGGUGAUGCAGGUCAAGAAUUUCGGGCGUAGGGGAAGGGCUAAAUGGACUCAUCUUGUCAAUGAGGAUACUACUGAUUGGAACAGCCCGUGGAUGUGGAAUGAUCGUCAAAGGUCAAGGUAUAACGUGAAAAUGGCAGCCAUGAAUGCACCAAUAGCAAGACCAAAAGGAAACAAGAGAUUGAGGUUCUCUGUGAAGGAAGAUGAACUUUAAUGUGUGGUUGCCAUUCUCUUUAUUGGAAUUUAUGUAGUAGGGGUGGAUUUGAUCAUUU